AUGGCCGGCGUUGCGGGAGGAGCUGUCGGGCCGCUUUCGGCGGAGGGCCUUCACGCGGUGCUGCUGCACACCUUCACCUCGGAUGCUGCUCAACGGAAGGCUGCCGAGGCCCAGCUGGCUGCCUUGUGCCAGGCGCCGGAGUGCCUGAUGCUGCUGCUCCAAAUCGUCGUCGAGCCACAGGUGGACAGGGCCGUGCGGCAAGCUGCGGCAAUCGCCCUGAAGAACACGGUUCGGGGGAAGUGGUCCCCUGACCCCGAGGCUAAGACACCUGCCACCUUCCUACCCGAGCACAAGGCAACGUUCAGGGUGAACCUCUUUGAGGCCCUCCUUAGGGAGACGGACAGCAGCGUGAGAGACAUACUGGCGGAGACGCUGAGGCUGGUAGCCUCCUACGACUUCCCCGAUGAGUGGCCCACUCUGAUCCCCACCAUCGUGGCCCAGCUGCAGACGGGGGAAGUCCUACGUGUGCACAACGCGAUGUUGGCUCUCCGCAAGGUGGUGAAGCGUUUCGAGUACAAGCCGAAGGAGGCUAGGGGUCCUCUCCUUGAGAUCAUGCGCGUGACACUUCCGCUGCUGCUCAACAUGUCCAACCAGCUCCUCGCCGAGGACUCCAGUGAGGCCGGGCAGGUGCUGAAAAUUGCCCUCAAGAUCUUCUGGUCCUGCACGCAGUUUGCGAUACCAUCAGGGGCAGACUUGGAGGCCCUCAACGUACCCGGAUGGAUGGACUUGUGCUCAAAGGUGCUCGCGAAACCGCCAGCUGGGCAGCCUGAAGAAGAAGACGACAGGGUCAUGUGGCCCUGGUGGAAGGCCAAGAAGUGGGCCGGCAACAUCGCGCAAAGGUUCUUCACCCGGUACGGCCAGCCCCACUACGCUGAGGAGAACAUGACCGACUUCGCGGAGGCGUUUUCCAAGCAGCUUGCCCCCAAGUUGCUAGAGCAGGUGAUGAACACGUUGGCGAUGCGGUCGAGGGGGGAGUACUGCACGGACCGCGUGGUGCACGCCUGCUUGGUAUUCGUGGGACCGGCGACGGAGCUGUCUCACACGUACAAGCUGCUCAAGCCCCACCUGGACUUCCUCCUGUUCCAGGCGGUCUUCCCCGAGCUCUGCCUGUCUAAGAAGGACGUCGAGACGUUUGACGCAGACCCUCACGAGUUCAUCCACAAGAACAACGACCCCUCGGAGGACUACCUGUCGCCCAGGGUCCCCGCGGUGAACUGCAUCAUCGACCUCGCCAAGUACAGGGGCAAGGACAUCCUUCCCAGGCUCUUGACGUACACUCAGAACGUUUUGACGACGUACGCGGCGACGCCGGAGGCUCAACGUGACCACCGUGCGAAGGACGCAGCCUUGGUUGCCCUGGGGAGCCUAUCGACGGUCCUUCUCCGGUCGAAGAAGUACAAAAAGUCGUUGGAGACGCUCAUUGUCCAGCACGUACUGCCGGAGUUCCAGAGCCCCGUGGGGUUCAUGCGAUAUCGCGCGUGCUGGAUGGUGCAAAGAUUUGCCCAGGCGGAGUUCAAAGACCCGCAGACGAUAAUGCACUGCCUCAACUCCACGCUUCAGUGCUUGCGGGAUAGCUCUCUCCCAGUCCAGAUCGAAGCUGCGUCUUCGCUUCGGUACCUGAUCGAGCUCGACGAGGCGGAAGAGCCCGUGAGGCAGGUGCUGCCCGACAUCCUCAACGAGUACUUCCGCAUCAUGCAGGAGAUCGGCCUUGACGAGGUGGUGGCGGCGUUGGACCUGAUCAUCGAGAAGUUCCAAGACCACAUCGCACCCCACGCCUCGGCGCUCACGCAGCAGCUCACGAGAUGUUUCUUGGAAUAUGCCUCGGCGGGUAGCGACGACGACGAUGCGGCGAUGGCGGCGAGUCAAGUCAUCGAGGCCGUUUCUACCGUGCUGCAGAGCACCAAGGCAGUGCCGGAGCUCUUCCCGGCGAUGGAAUCGCACCUCUUGCCUAUGCUUGCGCAGGUUUUCUCGGAAGAUGGAGAUUUGAUGGAGUACAUCGAGAACGCGUGCGACGUCCUCAGCUUCCUCACGUACUACGGGGCCGGCAUCAGCGAACAGCUGUGGAGCGUUUUCCCGAUGCUUUACCGCACCUGGGACAAGUGGGCCUUCGAUCUCAUCUCCAACAUGGCCGUGCCGAUAGACAACUACAUCAGCCGUGGCACAGACGUCUUCAUUGCCGGGAGAAGUGCCGAGGGCAACAGGUACAUCGAGAUGUUGCUAGACAUGUGCGGGCGCGUGAUGAAGGACGAGCGGCAAUCGGAGAAGGAGGCCAGGACUGCGGUGCAGCUGACGAUGGUUGUGCUCCACAACUGCAAGGGCAGGAUCGACGAGUACAUUCCCCCCAUCCUCGCGAUGCUCAGCGAGCGCGUACGGACGGCGGAAAAGGCGGAGCUGAAGUCGGCCUUGUUGGAGGCGGUCGCGAGUGCGCUCUACUACAACCCCCAGCUUGCCCUGCAGUGGACGGAGGCGAAUAACACCACCCAGGCGAUGCUGACGCAGCUGUUCGUCUGCAUGAAGGCACAGGUGUUCGACAACAACCUCUCCAAGAAGGUCAUCGCCCUGGGACUCACGUCUCUCCUGUCCCUGCCGUCGGCGUCUCUGCCGCCCUCCGUGAUCCAAGUCUUGCCGCACGCCUUCGGGGCUGUUGUGAACCUAGUAACCGAGGAGAUCAAGUACCUGGCGUCAGUGGAGGCCGAGGGGGAGGAGGAGGAGGAAGAAGAAGAGGAGGAGGAGGAAGAGGAGGAAGAGGAGGUGGAUGAAGACGGAUUCGAUGACGACCAGGACGUGAAAAACGAAGAGGACAUGGUAUACAUGAAGAACUUCCACGCGACGGACAACGAUACAAUCGAGGAGUACUUGAACGGCUGGAAUGAUGAGGACGAGGAGGACGAGCAGUUCUCGACACCGAUAGACAAUGUCGACCUGAGGAUGUUCUUCUACGAGUCGUUCCGCGUGGCAAACGAGCGAGAACCGGAAGCCAUGCUGCGGCUCCAGCAACAGCUCAAGCCAGAAACGCUCAAGGAGUGCCAGGAGCAUUUCGCAGAGGCGCAGAAGCAACAGGCCGCGGCGGCCGCGGCGGCCGCGGCGGGAGGUACACCAGCAUGACACAAACCUUACGGGGCCGUUACAAGCGCAUGUGGCAUAAGUAGAAAUUGGCGGCAAAGUAUACCGCUCUAGAGAUUGGGUGACGUGUUGGCGGAAAGGCUCGUGGUUGUAUUUGCAGGGGGGAGUGCGGAGACACAAGUUUUUGUAGACUCAGGUUAGUUGGAGGGACGAAGCGGGCCGAUUUGUAUGUUUUCGUUUUCUGGCGAAGGAGGAAGCCCAAUGUGAAAGAGGGGAUCGCUGUCGACAGACAUUGGGGGGAUUAAUCCCUUUUUUCUUUGCAUGGGUCUGUCCUCGACAGAUUGAUCCUUUUUUUCAUGCAUAAGUAGGUCUCACCUCCCCUGACGGGACGAUGCUGGAAGUGAUCAGAGAUGCCCAGUGGUUCCAAGAAGAUGUGUGCCUCUGGAUGUCAUGUUGAUGUCCUCGUGGCUUGCGAGCGGAACUAAGGGCGAUAUUUUGCCCCUGUUUUGUUGUAUCAUGUAUUUCUCUUGGCGGGGUGUGGCAGCGAAAAUUCGUUUCAAACGCCCUUGCCGCACAGACGUGAAUUUCCGUUUGGUCAAGGUAUUAACUUUCGUCGUAACGAACGCUACAUGGUUGUCGUAAAUCGAGUACAUUCCGGUACAUUGAGCAGCUCGUGAGGGUGCGACACUGUGCAAUUCGGUCUUCGUUUGUCCACGGUCCAUUGGCUGGCCCCCCUAGAAGCGUCAAGGUCGUGGUACUCGAGAGGGUUAGGGUUAGGGUCUGUCUGUCUUGUAGCUGAAGAGCUGCGAUCCGGGUUCACACAGAAUUUUUUCGAUGUAUGUCAUGCAACACCGCUUGAACAGGUUGGUUUGAACUUGUAAUGCACAAUCUGUGAG